AUGGCGCCUCCCACAGCCGCACCCAACGCUAUCCUCACACGGGCCAUCAACGUCUAUGCCCUCCCAAAAGAAUUACUCGAUAACCUCAUCGUCCGGUCCAUCCAGGCCGAAGCGCCCGAAGAGGAGGACGCGCAACCCUCCUCUCGGUCCAAGACCGACGCAGCAUCCAGCGGGCCGGCUGGAUCGCUCAGGUGUCAAGCAUGUCCCGAUAUCGGCUUUGAGACUGUCGAGGACCAACGGGCGCACUUCAAGUCGGAUUGGCAUCGGUAUAACGUCAAGGCGAGGAUGACGGGACGGGCGGUCAGCGCGGAAGAAUGGGAGGGGAUGGUUGAGGGCGUAUCGUCCAUCUCUGGCUCGGCGUCCUCCUCUUCUGGCUCAUCCGACGAAUCCCAAUCCAAAGUCUCGCGACUCCUGCGCAAAGCCAAACUCAACGCCAAUAUCAACGGCGGUGGCUCGGUCGAUUCGGAUGAAGAAGCCGAAGUGGCCGACCGAGUCCGGCGAGCUCAACUUCGUACGGCCGUUAUCUGGUUCUCCCCCUCAUCUCCACUGCCAGCUUUAGGCGUUCCCCAGGAUACGCAAUUCGGGAUCCACCGUGCCCUCUUCCCGCCGCUCGAUACGGCCAGCGACUAUCUCGGCGAGCUGCGCCGGAUGCAAUUGUCCGCCCGGCCGAGUAUAGAGGGUACGGACGGAGAAGAUAGGCGGAUCACGCUGCUCAUGGUCGCCGGCGGGCACUUUGCGGGGAUGGUCGUGGGUCUGAAGCCAAGAGGGAAGGGGGACAAGAUGGAAGUCAAGGGAGCAGGGGAGAUUAAGAUUUUCAAGCACAAGACGUUCCAUAGAUACACCACGCGUAAGAAACAAGGAGGAUCGCAGGCCCUCAACGAUAAUGCAAAGUCCAAAGCUGUAUCCGCUGGAGCCAUGCUGCGUCGAUAUGGAGAAGCGGCGCUGCAGGAGGAGAUCCGGCAGUUGAUGUCGGACUGGGAAGAGGAUAUCGCCAUGAGUGAGCGGGUGUUUAUUCGGGCGAGUACGCACGGGAGGAAGAGCUUUGUGGGGUAUGAGGGGGCGGUGUUGGAGAAGAAUGACGCGAGGAUACGGGUGUUUCCGUUUCCUACUCGGCGUCCGACACUCCAAGAACUGCUUCGCUGCUGGCACGAACUGGUCCGAACCAAGGUGUCCCACCUAUCAUCGGACGCCCUCCAGGCUUUGGACGACGCGUAUAUCGCCUCGCUUCAGCCCCGCAAACCCAUCAUCAAACCUGUCACAGCCCCAGCUCCCUCCGCCCCCUCCGCCCCGAUCAAAACCCCGGACGAGCUCGCGCGCGAAGACCGCCAGCGCCGUCUCUCCGAAAUGAUCAAAAAGGGCCGUCUCGACGCCCUCCGUCCCUUCUGGGAGAAACACCAGUCCGAAUUCGAUAACUCGGCCCUCGGGCUCGCGUGCACUUCAGGCCAAGAAGACAUCAUCCGGUUCUUCCUGGAUGAGAUCCGCCUGGAUCCGACCGUCUCCAUAGACGGCAAGAAACCAUAUGAUCUCUGUUCUACCCGGGGCGCGCGCAACGUAUUUCGGCGGACACGAUACGAGCAUGAAGAGUGGUAUGACUGGGCCGUCGCGCACGUGCCUAGUGGGCUCUCGGAGGAGAUGGAGGAGAAGCAGGAUAGUAAGAAGGCGGAAAGGCGGAAAGGGCUCAAGGAGAAACUGAAGGAGAGGGAAAAGGCGCGGAGUGAGGCCGAGGCGGCGGAAGAGGGGGAGAAGGAAAAGGAGAGACGGUUGGAAGAGGUCGAUAGGCAGCGGAAGGCGGCGAUGCCUACGAUGGGUGGGGGAGGGGUGCAGAAGCUCGGAGGGAGGGAUAGUAAGACGUUGGGGAUGGGGGGGAUGAGUGAGGAGAUGAGGAUGAGGGUGGAGAGGGAACGGAGGGCAAAGGCGGCCGAGGCGAGGUUUGCUAAUUUGGGGGCAAAGUAG